GGGCUGGCGGUGCGGGCCGAGGGGCCGCGGGCGCUGCGGGCCGGGUUACCAUGGAGCGGGACUGCGGGCUCGACGCCCCCCGCACCGGGAAGGCACCGCGGAAGAAGCGUCGCGCGUCCCCUCUGCCGGGGGCGGCCGCUCUCCCGGGCAGCCGGGCCGGUGUCUCUCAGGUGUGCCGGCGGCGCCUGUUCGGGGGCGCGGGGCCUCGCGGGCCCGAGCCUGCCUGUAAGCGCCUCUCCGGGCCGGCGGCGGAGCUUGAGGUGCAGGAGGCUGAGCCGGUACCGGCAGGAAAGGGUGGCGGAAAGAGGACCCGCAGUGCUUUGUCCGGCAGGAAUAAAAAGGUCCGUGGGAAAAACCUACCAAAGAUUAAAGAAAAUGUUGAAUAUACUGAAGAGAGCUCCUCAUACAACCAAAGUAGUCAAGUGACUGUCAGAAAAACAACAGACUUCAAGAUAAAAGAAGAGGAGCCAGAGGAAAGCUGUGUACCACUGAAGGAAUCCGAAAUAAUCAACUUUGAAAGUAAAGAAAGUUUGAAAAAUUCUGAAGUGACUUCAAGUAUGGAAAUUACUCUUCCCACAGGUGUUUCCACCAUUCUUAUGGAGUGUUUAGAUAAAGAUUCGGCUGCAGAUUGUAGCACUGCUAGCGACAGCCCUAAGACUUAUUCAUCUCCUGAAACAUUCAGAGAUGAUGAUUUGGAAAAAUGCAAUUUUUACUCUGUGGACCUUGGCAAGUACAAGAACUCUACUCUCUUGGACUCCAGCAAAGCAGUGACCAUAGAUAAGAUACCACAGAUCUCAAAUCUUUCAGCAAUAUUAGAACCUGUACCAGAGGAUUUUCCAGACCGAUGCAUUAAAAGAAAGAGACCAUCAAAUUGCUAUUACAGUUCUUCAGCAUUAAGCACUUCAACUACACUGGCAGGAAAAAAACUCUGUAAAAUAACAGCUGCAAGAGAGAGAACGCCAGACCUAAAAAGUUGUAUGCGCUGUCCUUCACUGUUAGGACCGGAAAACAAGCAUGAUAAACAAACAGCUAAAGCCAAAAGGUUGAAGAAAAAAGAAAGCAGUUUUAAUCCCUUAGAAGGAGGUUCAUCAUCGUUUAGGCAGCUUGAUGCCCCAGAAGACGUGUCAGCCAGAUCAGAGGGGUUGACAGCAGAAGUUCUGCCAAUCAAACCAACAGAUGUUGAGGUGCAGAUGACUUCUACCAUGCUAAUCGUGGAGGAAAAUAAAGUCCUAAAAAAUCCUGAUAAUGCUCAGCCUGUAGAGUUAGAUCUUAUCUUGUCACCGGUGCGUAAAGCCUUACCUGAGGAGGACCUGUUCCUGAAUACCACAAGUCCAUUUGGAAAUUCAAAAGAAAUUGUUCCUGCAUCUCUGAGCUCAGAAAAAGAAAUUAUUCCUCAAAGUCCAGAAGAAAAGAAUAUUUUAAAGCCUCUGUGUGACAGAAGAGAAAUCUGCUCCAUUGUUAGAACAUCACCAAGCCAGAGCCCUUCCCAGCUACAGCAAGUUCAAGUUAACUGGAAAGAGUUCUUCCUUUCCACAGGAGUGGCUGAAGAUAUUAUUGCACUUACCAGAAACUGCAUCUUCUAUAAACAGAAGUGAGAUUUUUUGCUUUCAGCAGGAGUUAACAGAAGAAAUUAUUGUCUUGCUGCUGUGGCAGGGUGGGAAAACAGAACUCUUAACUAGUUAAUAAUGGUUGUAUUUUUUUUUAUUUUUUUUUCCAUGCAUGCAUGUAUGUUGUUUUGCAUGCAUGCAUGCUAGUAUUAUGUAUUUCAGAAAGCUAGUAAAUACUCAAAUACUUUAUAGUAAAUUGUUUUGUAUAGCAUCUAGAUCCUGUUCUGGACAUUAUUCUGUAAGGAUUCCAUAAAGAUGUUUCUUCAGUUUGUUUAGAUUUUUACAAAGUGUGACUGAAGAACAGCAGACCAAAUUGCUUUCAUAGAAUUACUGUUGGCUCGCUCUGCCAAGAAUUCUAGUUUUCUCUAGCAGCAUUAGUAUCUAAAGAUGUGACUCCUGUUUAAGUGUUGACAUUGGCUAUGAAGGUAAUUCGUGCAUGCCCUGGGAGUGGCUAUGAAGGCAUUCAUGUACUCUUGGGGACUCAGAAGUCAAUACUAUGCUACCAUUAAACUCAUUGAAUGCUUAGGUUUGAGGAACUUUAGCGGUACAGGACUGUGUGUUCUGCUGUAAUUUGAUUUCUGAACACCUCUUUACCCCAUCAUCACUGUGAAUUGGCUCUUAGUGAUCAGCAUUGUCACCAUUCUGGGCACAUCCACUGCCAUCUCAGAGUUCUUCCUGUUUCAUCUCAGGUAUUUUGUAAUACCACAUCUCUCAGUCAUUGUUUCUUCUAGUGGCUUUAGACUUAGACAGAGAAAGUAAACGCCUUACAUGAAACAAUGGUGGGAAAAACCCUUUUAUAGCUGAACUGUUUGAAGAGAUGGAUAUUGACAUUCUGGAUUUUCAGGUUACUGCUCACACUGUGUCCAUACAAGUCAAAUUUCCAGUGCUUCCUGUUCAGCAUGUGGAUUGUUAAUUAAUAAAUGUUCUUAAUGUGCUGAGUGUGUCAGAAAACACUGUCAAGAAGACAUUUUUUUCCACUUGAAUUCAUUGCACAUUAAAGUAAUUUGGACCCCUA